AUGAAUUCAAAAGCAGCUGCAGCUAAACUUUCGUCUAAAUAUAAUAAAAUAAACCUCAUUUCAUUACAGUGGCGUAGCCUUGACAUUUCUGGAAUUGAGCGCAGACGUCUCUGUUGUUCAGUACUGUUCCAUUGUGCUGCGGCUUUAUGCGUUAUUUGGUCACUUUGCGUGUUAAUCGAACGUGCCGCAGAUGAUGUGAAACGUGGACUGAUUGAUUGGCCCUUUUGGACAAAAUUGGCCGUAGUAACGGUGGGUCUUACGGGUGGCGUUGUCUUCAUGUAUAUUCAAUGUAAAGCUUAUCUACAUUUAUGUCAUCGUUGGAAGGCCAGAAAUAGGAUUCUCCUCAUUCAAAAUGCACCAGAAAAAGUGCAUCCCUUGUCGCCUCCAUCACCCGCAAUCACACAUCGCGCUCGCCACGAAGGACCCAGCGAACCACACCCAUGCAGCGCAAAUGGGCCACCAGCUGGAUGUGAUGGCCCAAAUGUCGAAGUAGUUGCCAAUGGCGCUUCUGCCUCCAAUGGCUACAACUAUGCCUCUGCCGCUAGGACUGAUAGUAUUGCUGGCAGCAUAGACAUAGAAGGUGCGACGGCUCUUCAUCAACAUUCUCUUCACCACUACCAUCUUCCGGCUGAGCAGCGUCGUCUGCAACAAACUGACGAUCUUGAUUCAGGCGCAUUACCUGCAGCACAUCAUCACCAUUUGACGCCACAACAACAAGUGGGACAAGUUGCUGUAGCGGCGAAUAUUGAGUGUGCUCAGCUGCAAAGUAAUUAUGAACGCGAUUGGGCGUUGGAUGAUGUGGUUUCGCAGAUCUCGUCCUUCCGCCCCUGCCCACAGGGAUCCGGUAGCAUGACACCUUUCCAUGACUCAAUACACAACGUACUCGAACAUUCAGAGAAUUCGAGUCGUGGCUCGGUAAAUGACGUUUGCGGUGGUUCACGGCAAGAUCUUAGCACUGGUGGUAUUUCCACAGAUACCGGACGGGAACAUGCGCUUCAAUUAAGCAGUUUUAGUGGUAGUGGAGAUCAAAAAGCACCCUCUAUCAGCUCCGGUGUUUCGAAUGCAGUGGCCAAUGGCUUGGGUGGUUUCACCUACAAGCCACACACCAAACGCUACUCUAAUUCAUCGAUUUUCAUAGAGAAUCGUGACAUCCUCAAUGACUCAAUGGGCUUGAGCAUGGAAUCGUCAGUGGAUUAUCCAGCCACUGAGAGCUAUCGACACUCGAGCGCGGUAACGCCGCCUAGUGUACCGGAUGUCGAAGCCGUAAGUGAGCAGUUAGACCAAUUUUUAGGAAAAGACCUGCGCCGCUACUCGGACACAAAACUCGUAAUCGGUCCAGAUAGUGAACCGAUGCUGGGUGCACCAGUUAACGAUGUCUUACUACCAUCAGCUGUCCCCAUAGAGCCGCUUUACCCAACAGCAACAUCAACCGUACCGAUAGGCGGCAGUAAACGUGUACGCCAACUAUUGAAGCAGCACUCCGCUAGUGCGACGGAUACUAUUUUAGAUAUGGAAUUGCCUACGUCUCCGCUGUCACCACCAGCAGCCUAUGCGGCGCAUAUGACAAUGCCAACAACACGUCAGACACAAGCAUCUCUGCGUCGAUCGUUGCACACAGUGGACGAGUUUGGAGCUUGUCGCCGCGCUGCGGAAUCAAUGAACAGUAGAGUUAUGCCCAGCACUGCUGCAGCGGUUGGAAUAGGAAGACCGCGGCAGCAGUAUUCGUCGAAACCAAUGUUUAAGUCGUUGCCAAAUUUAAGUGGCAGUUGUGAAAAUUUGCUCAGAAAAUGAGCAUUAAUUUCUGUUCUGCCUAAAUUUACAAAGUCCAAUUCUUAAAAAAGAAUACAUUAAAAUAGAAAUAAAUGUACUGAGUUGACGCUGCUCUCUAAGUUGUUGGGGUCGCACAUAUCCGUUUUUCUCUGUGCGGCGAACAACAGAAAAAUACAUAGUACAUAUAUUUGCGUCCAAUAUUUAUUCACGCUUAAUGAGUUUUUAGAUGAUCCCAUUGGGUCACACACGCGUACUAUGUGAAACAUUUCAAUAUUCGCUGGUGUCGGAGUGGAGCUUAGCCAAAAACACAGCGAUUGCGAUCAGCCUGUAGCGAGUAAACUGUAGCUAGUAAAGUACGUAGAUACCGAUGUAUCAAAAAAGCCAUGAAAAAAUCAAAUAGAAAAGUUUAUUGAAUUUUUAAUCUCACGCUCUAAACAGGACAAAUCCAAUAUUUAGUAUUGAAAUAGAAUUUAAUAAACUUUGCAGUUUUUUUGUUUUUUUUUUCAAUAUAUAAUAUGUUUAUUACGCCACAAUAAUAAUAACAAAAAAUUUGUUUCGUUUUGUAAAACUGGCAGUUUGCAAAAUUUGCGUUUAUAACAUUUUAUACAUGUAUCGUAUCUAAUCAUACUUAAGGUAAAAGAAUUGUUGCGUGCAUAAUCUAUUAAUUACUUUAUGCAAUACAGACAUAAUUCCUGUUUAUUUACAUACCCUUGUUGCGGAUUAGAAAUAAAAAUGUACGAAAUUUAAAAUUGAAUAAUAUGUACUAUAUUGUAUUUUCAAUCUCAAAACAAGAACUAUAUCUACAGCUAAAAGAAAACAUUAUCUACACACAAAGCCUGAAAGCACAGCGAAUUAGACAAGACAUUUUUCAGCCAUACGCUUCUGGUAAAAAAAUGCCGACGUUUGUUUCACUUGUUGAAGUAAUAUUUUGGUUCUAAUGGGUCGAUUAUGGAUUGCAACGCAACCUCAAUUGGAUCGCCGAUAGGAGAAAAUGUAUAUUAUGAAUAACAACUAUAGUUAAGUCAUACAUAGUGGAAAAUAAUAGAAUUUUGAAUUAAGCUGAAGAAACGGUUGAAAAAAUACAUAAUUUAUCUCAAUCAAAAUUUCCGCAGCAACCACAAAAAUGCAGUUGUCAAUAUAGCAACUCAACUCAGUUGCCAGUUUUAGUUUGCCAGUUGCCAUCUGUAAUACAUACCAUUUCAGCCACUGGCAAUAUGUACAUAUCGAGGGCUUAUAUUCAAUACACUCUACCUGUAAUUUUCACAAAAAUUUGCUUCUGACAUAAAAACCAUUUAAGACUUAACUGUCACAGCUAAUAUUAAUGCAAGUUUGUGAGUAGAAUUUACUAAUGGAUUUCAAGGCUAGAAUUAAUAUCAGUGAUGACUGCUAUGUCCUAUAGGGAUUCUAAGAUCAGAAAUUAGUAUUUAUGAAAAUUGCAGAUAGAGGUUAUUGAAUAUACAUAAGGCUCGAUAUGCUCAUCAAAUUGUUAUUAAUUGGUUAUACUGGUUCCCUUAAAGUAAACUAAUGAAUUUCAAGACUGCUAAUGUUACAACAAAAAAUUAUAUUGAGAAAUUUGGGCUAAAUUCGGAAAAGCGUUUAAUAUACCUAAUUUACUUCCAGUUGUUUCUAAAUGAGUAAACAACUUUAAUUUAACUAUGUGCAUAGUAUAAGACUUUUUAAAAAUAUUCUGGAAAAAUGUAUGCCUCCCAUAACUUUGAUGAGGCAUUAAAUACAAAAAUGUCAGCUUUUAUAAUGCUGAUAAGAUACAACCAUACAUAUUUUUGGCAAAGCAGUUUCUGUAACUUCCUUUAAGGUUUUAACAAUGUUCAGUUUUGCUGGCUUCCCUAUGUUUCUUUCUAAAGCUAAGAUCCCAUUAUCGGCACAAUGGGCCGAUUUCCCACGCUCUUCAUGUACCGGUAGUGUGAACAAACAUAAUUUUUCGAAAUGCGGCAAUUUGAGCCGAAAUUAUGCUGACUAUAAGCAACCAAAAUUAAUAUUGCUGUACCGAUAAUGUGAACACUCUUUUGCUAAUUGUAGAACAACCAAAUUGUAAAAAAAUGCGCCGAAUUUUAUCGGGCGCUCAUGCCGCGAUCAACCUCGACAAUUUGCUUAUUGUUAUUAAUCAAGCGCGAUAGUGAUCACGUUGUACCGAUUAUUGUCACAUAUUUUUAUUGGCCGGUAAGCACCGAAAAAGAUUGUCACAAUAUGCGAAUAAUGGGACCACUCAAAACGGGGUUGUACACAAUUUUUUUAAUACAUAUGUACCAAUCAAGCGCGAUGAAAAUCGGUACAUAUUGUGCUAUUUGCGCCGAUAGUGGGAUCCUAGCUUAAGACAUAGAUUAUUGUUAUGUUAAUAUAGACUUCAAAAAGAAAGCCGAGCGACGACAAAGCGAAAAAUGAUCCUAAAAUAUAAUCUUUAUCACGUUGUAGCUUAUGUAAUUAUAUCGGCUCGCUUUCCUGAGAAGCUCUAGGGCAGUGAAAUUAGUCGAUUAAUUAAACUCUCCUUUAGAAUCUACGUGGUGUAACAAACAAUAACCACCGUAACCUACUAAUAUUUUCAAUGGUAGAUAAAAUUUAUAUCUUUUGACUGAAUUGUCCGUUCCUUCCUCCUCGAUUUUGCAUCCCAAAUCUGAGCUAAAGAGAUUUAGAUCGCACUCAUCUUAAAAAAUUUUAAUUUUCGAUUUUGUGUGAAAAGGCCCUUUUGGUGGGCCUGUUAGCUGUGUUUUAAUCGUUGACAGUUUUUUUUUUAACGAUAUGUCUAUAGUUGUCUUUGCCAAAAAUAUUAUGCUGAACUUCUUCAUGUUUUGAAGGCACACUACAUUUUCUGUAAAUUAGCGAAGGCAAAUAGUAGCAUAACGAAACAACCAUCCAAAAUAUUAACUGCCCUUACUGACAAGCAGAUAUCAGACAAGAUUUGUGGUAGUGAAACAGAAUACAAGCUUGGGUCUAAUUCAAAGGGAUGAAUUAGUGGCUGCCAUUAAAUCUAUCAAUACUAUAGCAGUAAAUCGGGAAUUCACUUGGUUUUGUGAUGAGCAUCAGAAAAAAUUUGGUUGUACGAAGUAACCUGUUUUAAGGCAGUUUUGUGUGAAUUUAGCUUUAAUUAAAUAUUCAUCCAAGCUUGGAUGACGAUUUGCAAUAAAACAUAAAAGUUUAGGUACAUUUUAGCUGGAAACUCAAUUCAAAUAUUGGAUUUGGCCUAUGUGUGUUCAAAAAAGUCAUAUCUCAUAACACAUACAUACAUAAUAUAAGUUCAUCAGAACAACAUUGUUUCGUUUAUUUCAGCAUUUGCUUUAACCAUUUAUUGAACCACAGACAAAUGGUCGAGUUAAGUUGAUGCUUAAAAAACUGUGAUUUUUCUAUUAUGUAAUUUUUAGACUUGAUUUGCGAUUCGAACAUACAUACAGACAAAAUGGCAAGAAUACACAUUUUUUUUAUUUUUCUUUUGCGUGAAUACAUGAUUUUGAAUUGUGUAAAUGAAUAAAUCAAUGGAUCGAAAUAAUAAAAAAGCAAGUUUUAGAGAGUACCUACAUAUGUAUUCCCUUUUUUGUUUGCUAUUCAGUCAUGCAGGCCAAC